GGGCUGCGGCUGCGGCCGCGGGGCUGCGGCGCCCCAGCCCCGCCAGCCAGCCCGAGCGCUCGGAGGGAGAGGCAAGGUCUGGACGGGGUGGCUGGACCAGUGGCAGAAUCCAGUGCCAGACUCUGGACUUGAGGGUUCUGGGCUGUGGUCUGUAGAAGCGAAGGAGAGAAGGACUCAAAUCCAGGCCAACUGUAUGGCUGUCUGAGGUGUUGGAACAGAAGGAAGUCCAUUCCUGUCGGUGACAACACUGUGGCCCUGUUCUGGAAUGACCGAGGUGUAAAGGAGCCAGUAGCUUUGGUCGAGGGAAGAAGAAGAAACUUGAUGAGCAGCGGCCUCUACAAAUGGCUCUUCCUCCUGGGUGAGGAGAAGGGAGUGGGGGACCAGGGCCCCAGAACGGACUGGGGGAGCUUCGAAUCUGGCCGAGACAGGUAGGUUGACUGCUUUUACCUGGGGUGGGCCAGGGCCAGGUCUGGGUCCCCUGCUCCAGGCAUGGGGGUAUCUCUGCCUGUGCUCAGAAAGAAAGCCCUCCUUCCCAGGGGCCCUGGGACCCCGGGACCCUGUGCAGACCAGGGACGGCGAAAACCACUGCCCUAGAAGGUAAGUGAAGCUGCUGAGGCAUCUAGGGUGCAGCUUAAGCUUCAGCUGCCCUGUUGUCCCCCAACCUCGCCACCGGCCAGAGGCUAGGCGGUUCCCUCUGCAGGGCCUGGGGUGAACUCGGCUGCCAGCUCAGCACUACGCGGCUUCUCCGGCAGGGGGCGGGAAAGGGCAGGCCGGGGCGCGCUCAGGGCCAGAGUCCUCCCUUUCGGGUGUGAAGCCUGGGCCUCGGAUCAAGUGACAGCCAUACAUUUCAAAUCUGAUUUAGGGGUACCAGAUGAACCCUCGGGUCUAGCAGUCUGUUUCCAUUUCCUCCCAGAAUGUGUCGCUUCCUCCCGCGCUCCGCGACUUUGGAAGGCGUUUGCAUUUACAUCCGCGGUGAUUACUGGAGUCACUAAUACAGCCUAACCCGGAGUUUAAUUGGAAACGUUAAUCAAUGCGAUGGAUCCGUGUCUGAUUUGCACAGUCGGUCAAUUAUCUGCAGGUUUCCCCCAAGAAAGAGCAGCUGAGUCCUUGCAUCUUGUGGCAGCUGGUGUGCCCAGCACUGAGCCCGUCGGAGCUGAAGGCAGCCCGGCCCCUUCUCAUGGGCAGCACCCACCUGUGCUGAGGUCCUGCAGCGGUGGCUGUGUGAGGAGCUGUGCAAUCAGUUGUAACUGAAAAUGUCUGACGGUCUGGAUAAUGAAGAGAAACCCCCAGCUCCCCCACUGAGGAUGAAUAGUAACAACCGGGAUUCUUCGGCACUCAACCACAGCUCCAAACCACUUCCCAUGGCCCCUGAAGAGAAGAAUAAGAAAGCCAGGCUUCGCUCUAUCUUCCCAGGAGGAGGGGAUAAAACCAAUAAGAAGAAAGAGAAAGAACGCCCAGAGAUCUCUCUUCCUUCAGACUUUGAACAUACGAUUCAUGUGGGGUUUGAUGCAGUCACCGGGGAAUUCACUGGAAUUCCUGAGCAAUGGGCACGAUUACUCCAAACCUCCAACAUAACAAAGCUGGAACAGAAGAAGAACCCCCAAGCCGUUCUAGAUGUUCUCAAAUUCUAUGAUUCCAAAGAAACAGUCAACAACCAGAAGUACAUGAGCUUUACGUCAGGAGAUAAAAGCGCACAUGGAUACAUAGCAGCCCAUCCUUCGAGUACAAAAACAGCAUCAGAGCCUCCGUUGGCUCCUCCUGUGUCUGAAGAAGAAGAUGAAGAAGAGGAAGAAGAAGAAGACGACAAUGAGCCGCCGCCAGUCAUUGCACCGAGACCAGAGCAUACGAAAUCAAUCUACACUCGUUCCGUGGUUGAAUCCAUUGCUUCACCAGCAGCACCAAAUAAAGAGGUCACACCACCUUCUGCUGAGAACGCCAAUUCCAGUACUUUGUAUAGAAACACAGAUCGGCAAAGGAAAAAAUCCAAGAUGACAGAUGAGGAGAUCCUAGAGAAGCUAAGAAGCAUUGUGAGUGUUGGUGACCCAAAGAAAAAAUACACAAGAUUUGAAAAAAUAGGUCAAGGGGCAUCAGGUACUGUUUAUACAGCGCUAGACAUUGCCACAGGACAAGAGGUGGCCAUAAAGCAGAUGAACCUUCAACAGCAACCCAAAAAGGAAUUAAUUAUUAAUGAAAUUCUGGUCAUGAGGGAAAAUAAGAACCCCAAUAUUGUUAAUUAUUUAGAUAGCUACUUAGUGGGUGAUGAACUAUGGGUAGUCAUGGAAUACUUGGCUGGUGGCUCUUUGACUGAUGUGGUCACAGAGACCUGUAUGGAUGAAGGGCAGAUAGCAGCCGUCUGCAGAGAGUGCCUCCAAGCUUUGGAUUUCUUGCACUCAAACCAAGUGAUCCACAGAGACAUAAAGAGUGACAAUAUUCUCCUUGGGAUGGAUGGCUCUGUUAAAUUGACUGAUUUUGGGUUCUGUGCCCAGAUCACCCCUGAGCAAAGUAAACGAAGCACUAUGGUGGGAACUCCCUAUUGGAUGGCACCUGAGGUGGUGACUCGAAAAGCUUAUGGUCCAAAAGUUGAUAUCUGGUCUCUGGGGAUUAUGGCGAUUGAAAUGGUAGAAGGUGAACCCCCUUACCUUAAUGAAAAUCCACUCAGGGCAUUAUAUCUGAUAGCCACUAAUGGAACCCCAGAGCUCCAGAAUCCUGAGAGACUGUCUGCUGUAUUCCGUGACUUUUUAAAUCGCUGUCUUGAGAUGGAUGUGGAUAGGCGAGGAUCUGCCAAGGAGCUUUUACAGCAUUCAUUUUUAAAAUUAGCCAAGCCUCUCUCCAGCCUGACUCCUCUGAUUAUCGCUGCAAAGGAAGCGAUUAAGAACAGCAGCCGCUAGGACUGCAAGCCUUACCCCACACCAUCUCCCUCAUGAGUAAGACUGAAAUAAAACUCCACUGCAGGAAAGAUGGAAGAAAAGACAGUCGAAUGGGGUGGGGAUUCUUUAACUUUCAAAUGAAUAGAAACUUCUUAUAAGCCUUUUUCCUACUCCCUCAGAUUAUGUAAUUUAUUUGUAAGCCUGAAUCGCAGCCCAAACAGGGCAGCAAUGUCGAAGUGGCCAUAAAGUGGUCACUUCUACCGUGAAGCGAAAGAGCCAGUAGUGAAUCCCCUCAUUUUGUGCAUUCACUUUGAAGAAAAAAGAUUUCUCAAAGAUGCACACUCCCUCUUCAUA